AGGGCCAAGACGGUGCGUUUGAGUGAGAGUCUGUCCACGGCCGGAUGUAUUCAGUCCGUCGACCGCUUCAGCACUAACAACAAAUUCCGUCAUUCAUCGGGUUUCCACGCCGGCCAAACCCCCCAUUUUCAUCGCCAUUCCCACAGAUUUUGCAGUAUUCCCCUUCUCCGUUCUGGCCCCUCUCCUUAAAGCAUCGCCAUCAUCAGCUUAUUUCACCUUUGCCUUCAUCAAGCCCUUCUCCUCUCACUCUAAAACGGUCUCCCUUCUCGGCAAUGGCUCGCCUCCAGGUCCAGACUUCUCAGCUUACACUGGGCUUAUUUACUAUUAUUAUUUCCUGUUAUUUGUUUUCUCUAAUUACUUUUCUAUGUUCUUCUCCGGGAAGAAGGUUGGGUAUUUGGUUCCACUUGAUAAAAAUCUAGAGGAAGGCAAUUCGGAGCUAAAGAUACCCCUCUCUCAGGGCCCAAAUAUCAUCGGCCGUAGCAACGUUCUCGUUUCUGAUAAGAGGAUCAGCCGCAAGCAUAUCACUCUUACCACCUCCACUGACGGUUCUGCUAAACUAUUUGUGGAAGGUGCAAAUCCAGUUGUUAUUAAUUCUGGUGAUGGUAGAAAGAAACUUGGUCCUCGUGAAAGUGUGAUACUUCGGGACGGGGAGGUUAUAGAAUUGAUUCCCGGCCAUUAUCUUUUCAAGUAUGCAGCUCAUUGUCCCAAUACAAGGCCCGAUUCUGAGGAUUUGGGACAGAAGAGAGUUCGACAACUUGUGGACGAUCAAAUUUCUGAGGGAAAGGCUAAAAGAGUUGAAAUGGGAGGCCCUUUGGAGAAUCAACAAACUGGGAUCUCGCAGUCGAAGAAAGAUAAUAGCGUGGAGGCCAUUCGCAAUUUUCAUGUUCCCGACGACAAAUUGCCCAUGACUUUCAGACUUUUGAGUGUUAAAGGCCUGCCACCAUGGGCUAAUACAUCAUGUGUGAGGAUUAGUGAUGUUAUACAGGGAGACAUUCUCUUUGCCGUCCUGUCAAAUUACAUGGUGGAUAUGGAUUGGUUAAUACCUGCAUGUCCCACUCUUGCAAAAGUCCCUCACGUGCUGGUUAUUCAUGGCGAGGGUGAUGGAACACUGGAUCAUAUGAAGAGGAAGAAGCCUGCAAAUUGGAUUUUGCACAAACCACCACUACCCAUAUCGUUUGGGACUCACCAUUCAAAAGCAAUAUUUCUUGUCUAUCCUCGAGGAAUAAGAAUGGUUGUACACACCGCAAAUCUAAUCUAUGUUGAUUGGAACAACAAAAGCCAAGGUUUGUGGAUGCAAGAUUUCCCUUGGAAAGAUCAAAAUUCCUCUACAAGAGGAUGUGCAUUUGAAGAUGACUUGGUUGACUAUCUUAGUGCUUUGAAGUGGCCAGAAUUUCCUGCUAAUUUUCCAGCACUUGGAAACUUCAAUGUCAAUCCAUCGUUUUUCAGAAAGUUUGAUUAUAGUAAUGCAGCGGUUAGAUUGAUCGCUUCUGUACCUGGAUAUCAUACGGGUCGCCAUUUAAAGAAGUGGGGCCAUAUGAAGCUACGUUCUGUUCUCCAGGAAUGUGUUUUUGAUAAAGAGUUUAAGCGAUCUCCUCUUGUUUACCAGUUCUCCUCCCUCGGAUCGUUGGAUGAAAAAUGGAUGGCCGAGUUUGCAGCAUCACUAUCAUCAGGUUCUUCAGCUGAUAAAACACCUCUUGGCCUUGGGGAACCACUAAUAGUAUGGCCUACUGUGGAAGAUGUCAGAUGCUCUCUGGAGGGUUAUGCUGCUGGAAACGCCAUUCCCAGUCCAUUAAAGAAUGUGGAUAAGGGAUUUUUGAGAAAAUAUUGGGCGAAAUGGAAAUCAUACCAUAGUGGCCGAUGUCAUGCAAUGCCGCACAUAAAGACAUUUGCUCGUUAUAAUGGUCAGAAACUAGCUUGGUUAGUGCUAACAUCAUCUAACCUCAGCAAAGCUGCCUGGGGAGCACUUCAGAAGAACAAUUCUCAGCUAAUGAUUCGUUCUUACGAGCUUGGGGUGCUCUUUCUACCUCAAAAAAGGCCUGAUUACAGUUUUUCUUGUACCAAGAGUGGAGGUUCAGCACAGAACAAGUCAAGACCAUCGGAAAACCUAGAAGAAAAAACAGAACUGGUGACAUUGGCUUGGCAAGAAAACAAGAAAAGAGAAUCGUUGUCUGAAGUAAUUCAAUUGCCUUUACCUUAUGAACUCCCUCCUCAGCCAUAUGGCCCUCAAGAUGUUCCCUGGUCUUGGGAUCGUAGGUAUACCCAAAAGGAUGUCCAAGGUGCGGUUUGGCCACGUCAAGUUCCACUUUAUGCUUCCUAGGACUCUUGGUAUCCUCUUUCCGACUGUUCUUUUUCAUCUUAUUAUCCCUCUGGAAGUUUGUUGCACGAACUAAUUUACAUCACACUCAUGCUUAGGGGAAAGGGUGGGAAAGUUGGAAGCAGGAAGAGUUGUUAAUUAUACAGUCGGCUUGAUGAUAUUCUUGUAUCAACUCCAUGUAUCCUAGUGAACAAAUUUUUUUAUGGAAUUUUC